GACUGAUAACGCAAUGAAAACAAUAAUAAGGACAAACAGUGCAGUAAAGUUGUCAGAGAGACAGACUAGACAGAGACACAGAGACGUCAGACUCAGUGCCGUAUAUAGAAAUAUGUCUUCGAUUGUCCGGGAUGAGAGCKGGGACAAGUAAUUCAAGCUACGAACUCGAAGAUAUGACGUCCAACGAUUCUGGCGUGGAGAGCAGCACGGAUAACGACGAAUGUGCCCAGCCAAAGUUCAACAAAAGGCUCGUGUCGUCAGCUGAGAUGUCUCUAGUGCCGGUACGGAGGAUGAAGAACCAAGAUUUUCCACUAUCCCUGUGCCUCAACUCUAUAUCCGAACCUCCGAUCAUGUUCGCUCGACCCAUGCUCAAUGAGAUUMCUGGCCGUAAAUUUAAGUGCCUGUUCGAGUUGGCCAACCCCACGUUUCCAGGCACACUGGAUAGAUUCCAAUCUUGUCUGACUCCUAUUCAAGAGUACACGGAAAUGUUGUUGAAAAUGGAGAAAAAGGAUGGUUCUACUCAGACCAGAAACAACAUUGGCCCAUGCCGUGUCCACUCAUGUCGUGGUUAUGUGAGGUCAAAUGCUUUUCAGUCUAGAGACAGUCACAAACUAUGUCGAGCGGCAAACAUGAAUAACACUGAACUACUGGAGCAACUUCUCAAAAACGGUGUUGAUCCAAAUUGUUGGGAUAGUAGAAAACGUACGCCCUUACAUUUGGCUGCAAGCAAAGGAUAUUCAGAGGCUGUGGGAUUGUUAUUGAAGUAUGGUGCCAAUCCAAAUAUAAAAGAUGCUUUGGGAAACAAUCCAUUGCACUUGGCUGCUUGUACACAUCACAUGGGUGUAGUAACAUUACUCUUAAAAGGAGGAACAGAUGUAAGUAGUUGUGAUGCCCAAGGCCGAAGUCCUCUGCACUUGGCCCAAUCAAAGUUACGUCUAUUAACUCAUUGCAAAAKUGACGUUUGUACAUCGGUCAAACAGACAGUAUUGCAGGUGAUUGAAAUGCUGCUAGCAUAUUUUGACAAAAAAAACAGCUCAGAUGAAGCAGAACUGUUGAAUGCCUUUCAAACUAGAUUACAAAUAUCAGAUACAGGUGAAAGGGUUAGCAAUGAAAUUCAAGACCUUUUAAACAAUUUAUCAACAUUAAAACUAAAUAAAUAAGCCUGAAAUCAUUCAAUGUAUGUUUUUUUGAGAUUGAUUACAUUUUAUACUUAUAUUAUAAGUUAAUACUGUCUUAUGAAAUUAUUGAUUAUUUAAAUAGACUUGUGAAUUAUAGGUUAAUUAGUUAAUAUUAUAAUUUAAACUCUUAUACUAUUAUUGAGCUAUACAUUGAUUGUAGUAAUAAUUAUUUAUGUAUAUUUUUUUUUUUGGGGGGGGGAAUGAUUUUUGAAACAAUGAAAUAAUAAUCAGUUGAAAGUUUAUAAAAUGUGUAGUUAUAACCUGCCCAGUUGAUUUUGACAAUAUAACUAUUACAAUUUUUUUUAAAAAAGUUGAUUUAUCCUAUAUAUUAUAUUGAAAAAAUAUAAUUUCACGGAUUAGAUAGGUUUUUAAAAUAUAAUGGUUUUUGGUACUGUUAUUUUUUCUUUUUAUAACAAACAGUUGCUGAUUACCAAGAUGAACUGGAUUGGUUAUUUAGUAAGUUAAUUUUAUUUAUUAUUGUUAAUAURAAUAGUUUGAUAGAAAAAUAUAUCAUUUUGAUUAAUUUAAAUAGUGUUUUUGCUCUACUUCAAGACUAAAUUAGUAAUAACUCUUUAAUAUCAUAAUUUUAAUAUUAUUUAAAACAAUAAAUAUGAUAUAGUCUUAAUUUUAUAUUAUAACAUAUUGUACUAGUUUAAAUUAUUAAGGGGACUCUACUUCGCUGUGUAGUUUCUGACUUACAAACGUACAACAUAAUGAGUAAGUAGUAAAAUAUAAUAUUAAAAUAAUCAUUAUUCAAAAUAUUAUAAAAAACUAACUUACAAAUCAAAUAAUUUACUAUUCUUACCAUUAUGUUUGAAAAUAAAUCUUUGUUAGAAAGCUUACACUAAUAAUAUAGUUUCCUGAAUGCAAAUUUGUUUUGUUGUACAUUUGUAAGAUUMGACAACACAUACAGGUACAGCGUMCUGUUAAGAAACCUACAGACUUUUUAAGUGUUUUAAUAAUAUUAUUUUUAAAUAGACCUAAGAACCUAUGUAUAAAAAAUAAUUUUAAAACUGAMAAGUUUUUAUCAACAACUGUUUUAUUCACUUUCCAUUUGCAACUAAUAACACAUAAUAUUUUAUUUAAAACAAUUCCAAAAUCUUUUUUUCAAAUAAUUCAUACUUAUAAACAACUUUAUGGAUUUAAAAAUAAAAUGUAAGUUAACACGCAUUGUCAGUUUGUAUUUUUUUYAUAUAAAAUACAUUAUUUAUUUAAAAAAAUAAAAUGAUAUUCGAGUAGUUGUUGAGAAUUAUUUUGUGCCUGGCAUCCAGAGGCUUUAAUCAUUUAAUAGAUUAAAACUCAUUAAGUCUUAUAUUUUCAAACCAUCGUAUAGAUUAUGCAAACACAUAUUUGGCACGAUGGAAUGUUUAAUUAUGUAGUAAUACUAAUGAUGAAUGAACAGCUGCGGGUUCCUUAUUUUUACUAGAAAUUUUAUAAGYUUUUAUCAAAUAAAUAAGUACAGAUUAUUUCUUUUAUUUGUAACACCGGGCAAUAUCUUAGAAAAGAAUGAAAAUAUUUGUUUAUUAUUUUAAGAAUAAAUAUUGAUAAUCA